GAAAAACUUCUCUAUGCACCGUGACUUUUAUAUACUUAUACACCCGCUCCAAGACUUCUUGAAAUAAAAGGAAACUAUCAUUUAAAGCAGCUUAAACCAAAAUUAGAGAUAUUUCAUAAGUCGUUUUAUGCAAAUUAACAAUUGAAGUUCUGUUUUUCCGACAUUCAGUUGGUCGUCCUGAUCGGAUAGUAGAGUUGUCUGCUGCUGCUACUGUUUUUAUUUUAUGGCGUAAUGAGCGACGUAACCUCUCGAUUGUUUGGUGCAACUUUUCGACAUUCUGUUCCAUGAAUUGAUGACCGACCUAGAUGAUAUGCUGAGAAGACAAAGCUAAUGCUGUUAUCCAACAGCGACAUUAUUGAAUGCGUUCGUGUUAGAUUUCAAAAGAUAAAUAAUGUUUCGAAUUGGGCCGUCUUGUCGACCCGUAGUCCGACAGUUUCUUCGGACCGACUUUCAUGUCUGGCAGAGGGAAUUUACUCAAUUGACGAGAUGUUCAACGAACGAGACCGUAUCUGCCGUCCGUGGUCUCUCCUCGCCAAAUUGUUCUAAGCUCAGACAAAUUUUAAGGCGAGAAUAUCGAGCUAUUUGCUCGAUGCUUCAAAGGUCAGGGCUUCCUGAUUCCAAUGCAGCACUGUUAAGAGUCUUAUCAUCAAAUUUUAAGCGUGAAUUUCAUUCAUCGCCAGUCUCCUCGGAAAAAGACAACAGCAAUGAGCGAGGUGAUAAGAAGAAUCAAGACAAGAAUAAUGAUAAGAGUCAGCUCCAGUUUGCUGUAAAAGUCCUGACUCUGUUAACGGCAUUAUUAGCUUUUGCAUCUCUUUUUGUAUCUGAUAAUCAAAUAGCAACACGGCAGGUGUCAUGGCAAGAGUUUGUCCAUCAAAUGUUGGCCAAAGGAGAAGUACAACAAAUCAUUGUCAUACCUAUAGCAAAUAAUGGGAUUGCAAAUGUAGUACUCCAUGAAAAUGCAAUUCUAAAUGGGAAACCUGUACGUAACAGAGUAUUCACAAUGGAAAUACCUGACAUUGAGCGAUUUGAAGAAAAGUUGAGGGAAACUGAGCGACAACUGGGUAUUAGCGCUGGAAAUGGAGUACCUCUAAUUUUUGACAGGCAUAGAGAUAGUGUGUGGCCAUCUCUAGCUGUCACCCUUCUCAUAGGUUUCUUGCUCCUAAAUAUGGUAGCUGCAUUCAAAGUUUUGAAAAAAGGACAGAUGCCAUGGUCUGGAUUCACUAAAGCCAAGUUUACCCUUUUAGAUCCGAAGACCAAAGGAGAAGGUCGGGGGGUAAAGUUUGCUGACAUUGCAGGACUGCAAGAAGCAAAGCAAGAAGUCAUGGAGUUUGUUGAUUAUCUGAAAAAACCUGAACAUUAUCGCCGGCUUGGUGCAAAGGUUCCCAAAGGUAGUUUACUUUUGGGCCCACCUGGCUGUGGUAAAACUCUUUUAGCCAAAGCUGUUGCAACUGAGGCUGAUGUGCCAUUUCUCUCAAUGAAUGGUUCAGAAUUUGUGGAAGUUGUUGGAGGACUUGGUGCUUCCCGUGUGAGGGAUUUAUUUAAAGAAGCUCGAAAGCUUGCUCCCUGUAUUGUAUAUAUAGAUGAAAUUGAUGCAAUUGGUGGUAAGCGAGGACCCAAUUCUGAUUUUGGAGGUGGUGAAAAAAUUCAAACUCUCCUUCAGCUUCUAAUUGAAAUGGAUGGUAUGGCUAACAAUGAGGGUGUAAUCAUGUUGGCUUCAACCAACCGAGCAGAUGUCUUGGAUGAGGCCCUACUUAGGCCAGGGCGAUUUGACCGCCAUAUUCUUAUAGGACAACCGACUUUCCAAGAAAGAAAAGAAAUAUUUGAGGUAUAUUUAAAUAAACUGAAACUAGAUCAGCCUGCAUCUUACUACUCAGGCAGACUUGCACAGUUAACUCCAGCAUACAGUGGUGCUGACAUUGCAAACAUAUGUAAUGAGGCUGCCCUACAUGCCGCUGGCUUGGAUCUCAAGAAAAUAUCUGCGUCUGAUUUAGAAUAUGCUGUUAAUCGAGUAAAGUUUGGCCGUGAAAAGAAACAACGCACAAUUUGUGAUGAUGAGAGGAAGCAAGUUGCAUAUUACCACGCAGGUCGCACCAUUGUUGGAUGGAUGCUCAAACAUACUGAUGCUUUGAUGAAAGUAUCCAUUAUUCAGUAUACAUCAGGGAUAGGCAGUAUCCAACAUUUUCGACCCUCAAGUUUCUUGACUUUUAAGGAAGAGUUGUGUGACCGUAUGACUAUGUAUCUUGGAGGCAAAGCAGCUGAAUUAAUUGUUUUUAAACAAAACUCAACACAAGCUGAUAAAGAUCUGAAAAAAGUAUCAAAAGUUGCCUACAGUAUGAUUACUGAUUAUGGCAUGAAUGAUGUUGUUGGAGAAGUAUCAUUCCCUUCUACUGAAGAACCAGGAAAUCGCUUUUACAGUCGCAAACUACAUGGUGUGAUUGAUUUUGAAGCCCGUAAAUUGAUCAACCAAUCUUUUUCUGCUGCUGAAGAAAUCUUAAAGGCAAAUGCUGAAAAUUUGGAAAAGGUUGCAGCAGAACUAAUUAAGAAAGAAACCUUAUCCUAUGACGAUAUUUGUCAAUUGAUAGGACCACCUCCACAUGGCCAUAAAACAUUAGUAGAUGUUAUUGAGUUUGGACCUGGGCCUAAUCCACCUGCUGACACCUCAUCACCAAGGCCUGCUGAUGACAGUAAUAAUGACAAGGAUGAUUUUAGUGAUUCUCCCAAAAAUACUGUUCCAGAAAAGUGAAUUGCAGGAUGAUACUUGCUAUUCUUAUUAAAGAGUAUAAAUAAAUAUAUCUGUGUAUUUCUUCAAUAUCACAGAUAUCAUUUUUAAA